ACUCUCAAAUAAGCUAAGGCCGACUAGCAUGGCCGCGGGAUCAUCUUAACAAGUGCAUAGUUAGUGCUAAUAGUUUUAAAAAGAAAUUGUGGAAAUAAAAUUUUAUUUAACUUUUAUGGUUUUUCUUUGUGAUGAUUUGUCCCGUGCCAAUGGUCCAAUAGAUAAAAAAUCAACGGAAGUCCCUUGAGACACCUUUUCGACUGAUGUAUCCAUCGAAAGGCUGGCCACAGGACAAGCAGUCGUCCAGCAUGGAGUAAAGAAGACAUCAUAUAACUUAUCUUACAUCUGCCCAUUCAGCCAUCUUAGGCUUUCUUUUUUUGCUACCAGUUUUCAUCUAAUGAGUCAAGCUGUUCGGGGACGUGGAAAGAGUCCUUCAUCCUUUCGAGUUGUCUAGCAGGUCUGUAUCGCGCAACUAAUAUUCUUUAUUUAUAGGAACGUAGUUUUCGAUUUGGACUAAUACCUACUGCAGAUACGUUAAGACUCUCGAGAGUAUUCCCCGGAUCUGCGCUCGCCGGAUUCCACCAAGCCACCGGAGCGGGGACUUCCACCGGGGUGACGUGGUGGUCUAUGAUGAACGGGGGAUUAUACGAAGAAAGCCCCCCGCCAGCCCCCCAAACAGCAUCGACACCUAUCAGCAAUAGCGGUAUGACAAGUCCAGCUACUGCACCUCCACACGCGGUAACCACAUCGGCAACGUCGAGCUCGUCACCUUCCAGCGUUACUAGCAAUAGUGGAUCUGCAGGUCCAUUACACAUACCUGCCAAAAGAAUAACAUCUGGCUAUGGGGAGUGUGCGGAACCGAGCGUCAUUCGGCAUUCGCAUCACGGGCAGCCUUGGAAUUACUCACCUUCAGAUAACCAUCACGCGGGAGCAACAGCAUUUGAGCCCACUGUCGGUUUAAACCACCACCAGUAUGCAAAUGCCCCCACGUAUUACAAUUUAGCUGCCGACCCCACGGGCGGCAGAGACAGUCGAAAAGCCGGUGCUCUGUCGUUUUGGUCCCCAGCUGCCACGGUAGCUGGGGGCGGUACUCCAGAGUAUAAAUACUCAAGUGUAUUAGCAGCGGGACCUAGCGUAGAUCCUGCCGUAUCUUCCUGUCACCAAAGCUUUUCGUCUUCGUCAUGGUGUAACUAUUCACCCUAUUCCUCAGCUGGCCGGCACCAUGUAGACGCUCAUCAGCCCGUCCCAUACCAGACACCGUCAGAUGAGCGCGGGCGAGUGGCCGCGGCUGCUGCCAUGGUAGCAGAAAGCGCUGGGUUUGCUCACCCUCACGAUGGUGGUUAUGGACUAAGAAAUUAUGGACCGGAACCUGUACCUACCGGACCAUACCCACCUCCAGCCUAUCCUUUCGCCCAGAAACAUCCAAAAGUUGCCUUCUACACGUUCCAGCAGUUUGAUGGUUCCUUAAGUUCGAUGGGUGUGGGUGUACCUUGUGGGGCGAGUACAAAUCCUUUAGAGUGGACGGGUCAAGUUACAGUUCGAAAGAAACGUAAACCGUAUUCAAAAUUUCAAACUUUAGAACUUGAGAAAGAGUUCCUAUUUAACGCUUAUGUCUCGAAACAGAAACGCUGGGAAUUGGCGCGAAAUUUAAAUUUAACCGAAAGACAAGUAAAGAUUUGGUUUCAAAAUCGGAGAAUGAAAAAUAAAAAAAACUCCCAAAGGCAAUCGCAACAACAACAAAAUAAUAACAAUGCCACUACAAAUAAUCAAAAUCACCAUGGGCACCAUGUGACACAUCAUCCGCACACUCCACAUCAUGUAGUGAAUCACCACGUGGCAGCUAACGGAACGCUUAAGCAUCAUCAGUGACCCAUGUCAUUCUCUGGGGUUGUAUUAGGUCAUCAUCACCACGGUCUAACAUCCUAAAUUAUUUCGAUUAAAUUACUCUGUUUGACAAAAUUACACUAAAUAAGAUGGUUAAUGAUACAGAAGUGCUAGUUGCCUCAACCCCAGAGUAGUGCUUUGCUGUGCCAAAGAAUAAAAUGUGUUUUAAGGUACGUGAUACCAAAUCGGUGUUAGUUUAUUAGUUUUAUAACCUAAAACUCUGUUGUUACUGAACAGUAUAUUGGGCUUGUGCAAGUUUAUGUAAGGUGAUGCGUAGCGUCAAAUAAACCCAUACGAGCAAUUCCCAGUAUCGAAGCUGAAGUGAUUUAGUUCACGUAAGGCAAACCAUUAAUGUACAUAUUUCGACUGUCAUUGUAUUAGUCCUUAAGUAAACUGGUAUUUCACAAUGUAAUCCAUAUUGCUCGUAAUCUAAAUGUAUAGUAAAUUAUUACACAUAGUAAAAUAGUAACCUACGAUAUUUUAUAGACGCAAGUGUUACUUAAUUUUUACUUGCAGUUAACCUUUGUAUGUUUAUAUAGUUCUUUCACCUGUUAUCUGUGGUUUUGUUCGCAUUUAAAAUUGUUUUAUAAAACUUUUAUGUACAGAUUGAUGCUCUAAUUAUAUUAUGAAACCAUUUAAAUAAUAAGUGUAUGUAAAAAUCCUACUUUAAAUUACAAAAAUUGUUAUCUGAUUGGAGCAUCUGCAUAAAUAAAUUACUUACGGAGAUAUUUCCGCUACUUGCCUAAAUGUGGAAUCUUUGUCCUUAGUUUCAUAUGAGCACCCACAUAAUUAAAUUAGUGUGUCUAAAUAAACGCUGUUCCGUUUUCUUUCCAUGUGGCUUAUUCAACGCGUAUAGUUACUAUAAAUAACAGAUCAAUAUGUGCAAUAUAAUUAUUUUUGUUGAAUUCUUACUUUUUCACCGAAAAGUCAAAGUGAUAAAACUUUAUAUGCGUGGAGUCAAUAACCUAAUUUAUCUUCAGUUAAGCAUUAAAACUUCUACGAACCACUAUUUUUAAUUAUUUUCAGCUAUGACAUAUUCUCAAUUCCUAAACGAAACUAAUAAACAUACAAAGUACUUUACGUUUUGCUACUCUUUGCAAAUGUUUUAAGAGAAACAAUUAUGGUACAAAUCAACCUUUUUUUUAAUUAAUCAAA